CGCCACUAUGGAGUCAGUGCUGCAUCCGCCAUUACCGUUCAAAUUCGAGAACAAUUUAGUGAACGUUACAUCGGGAAAUUUAUGCAAAGAAUGGGAGAAAUGGAAAAAGGCCUUUCUAAUUUAUUACGAAGCUUGUGAAAUAGCGAAAAAACCACAGAAGGUCCAGAUUAACAUUUUGCUGCAUGUAAUAGGUGAUAAGUGCCGCGAGGUAUAUGACCAGUUUACCGAAGAAUCAAAAACAGUAGAUGAGUUGUUAAAGAAGUUUGACGGAUUUUUCGAACCCAAAAAGAACCUCGCCGUAGAAAGGCAUAAAUUCUUCACACGGAACCAGCAGGAGUUUGAAUCGAUUGAACAGUAUGUCUUUGAAUUAAAUGUGAUGGCAGCAAAGUGUGACUUUAAAGAUCUGUGCAGUGACCUUGUGAGGGAUCGGUUAAUAUGUGGUAUUCAGGAAACAACCUUGCGGGAACGACUUCUACGAGAAAGUGACUUGACGCUGCAAAAAGCUAUAGAAAUAUGUAGGCUAGCCGAAAUAUCCCGUGCUCAAGCUGGUCAUAUUAAGCAGGAGAAUGUGGAACAUCAUGUGCAUGAAAUUAAAAAUAAGCAAACAAUCGCGACAGAAUGUCAAGGUCAACCGAGUUGUUGUUAUAGACAAGAACGUGAGGAGACAGAGGAUAAGGCGGUAAAUGCGGUCAGCGCUAACGGGCGCGGGCGCCGCCGUGGAUCGUGGCGAGGCGGGCGCCCCGGACAGGCACAUCACGCAGCUCCCGGGCACGACAACCAGCCAGCGGCGCGCGGCAGGUGGCAGCGGUCGUCACAACCCAAGAGGACUGGCGGCCAUAGCUGUUCAAGAUGUGGGUCUACACAUAGAAGAUUUCAGUGUCCGGCAUAUGGUCAGCUGUGUGACAGGUGCCAUGGACGCAAUCACUACUCGAGAAUGUGUCGCGUGUACGAAAUAAGAGGGGAAUCCACCGAUGAGGAUGGUGAGACCUCCUGAUCGGUGGACCUACCCUGUACCUGAACCUCGUCGCAAUUAGAUUAAGUA